AACAGUAUCGUGAACGCUGGCCACGGCAGCAUGCGCGGGAAUUUGGUUUGUCGUUCGUUUUUCGAUUAUCCACGCUGUGGCAUUUUACUCGUCACUUGACGACUUGUUCAACGACGAUUUAAACGACUUCUCUUCUUCCUGUCACGUGUGCAUUCGUACUUAUAAUCGAAAGAACAAGAUAUUGAAGAAUCGUUACACUCGAUCCAUCUAUCCACGGUUUUAAAAGCAGCGGUCAUCGGAGUAUCGAUAGGAAUCAGAAGAGUCAAGUAAUCGGAUAAGAAGGCAGACUUUUGUUGGAGGAAUCCGUGAACCAAUAAUUUCACUUCCUGUCACGACAGCCUCUAACAGCACUAGGAUUCACCAGCAGGCAUGAUCGAAUGAUGGAGGUGAUCUCAACACGGCGAUACGAGGCUCGUCCACCGUCAGCGAGCGUUCCACCGAUUCUCAUCGACCCUGAGAAUUCCGUGGCUUUGGUCAAAGAAGAGGAAUGGGAGACUCGAAAGAAAAAAGAAAUAACGACCACCAGGCAGAUCGAGACGAGAGUGAAGCGACAGGUUGUACUCGAGGAUGGCGAGAUCGUGGUCGAUUCAGGGCCUCUGGUUACCACGAAUACUACCGAAGACGUCGAACAACAGGAGCAUACCACGCAAGAAAGACGAACAACCGGUGAUCAACCGCAUGAAGUUGAAUGGCCAACAGGUGGAAGAAACUCUGCCGAUGGUAGCAUUGUCCAGAAGGAAUUAAACGAGACGGUAGUGAGGAGUCGCGAGGAAAUCGAGGAGAGGCUGGAGACAGAAGAUCGUCAACAACUGGGAGAUAUCUCGGACGAGGCGUACCAGAAGGCUGUAAGAAGUAACCGGGGCGAUCUGAGAGUGGCCCUUGCUGAAUCUUCCAAGCAGUUGGCGUCUCAAACGGGUCCCAGGGUCGUUCAGCACACGACCAAGUCGAACAAGGUGAUCGACACUGAGAAAACCUUGGAAAAGAAGGAGCUUAAGGCCGAUGGAUUGAUCGUUACCGAGAGGAAACGAACGGUCGAGCAUGAGGAGAUUAAAGACAACGAGGUUCCCGAUGACGGAAGCGAUAUAAAUGGUGACGACGCGUCGGAGAAAAAAAAGGAAAGCUCGCAUAGGUUCGUCAAAAAGAGGGACGAGGACGUAGUGGACUAUAUCUCAGGUGGCGAGAGGGUCGCCCGUGAAAUGCGCUACGUCGCAGAGACCACCGAGGGAGAACGAAUCGGAGAUUGGACAUCAUCGCCUACAGCCAUGCGAACUACUCGUUUCCAUAAACAUUCUGGCUUUCCCGGAGAGAGCUUUCCAACGCGGAAGGACGUUUUAACGAAGAAACCACUGGAUUUUGAAGAGGAAGAUGAAGCGAGAAAGUUUGAAACGUCUAAAUGGUUGGAGAGCCAUUUCGGUAGCGAGUCGCGUUCUUCUCAUGGAUCCAUCGAUGCUGAUGACUCUCCUCUUCCAACUAGCGCAAAUACCAGUUACAUUAACAUUACUAUGAAGUCUUGCGCUCCCAAGGAACGGGAUUAUCAGAAUGUGAACUCUAAUCGACAUCAACGACGCAGUACUGGUCGUGAUUCAGCGUCACCUUCGGGAUAUUUUCACGGGAUAAGCGAGUGGUCUGAGAGAUACCAAGGGAAAGAGAGACAAAGUCAAGCAAGGACAAGUUCUCCGCAAUACGUCGAAGCAGUACAUACAAACGGAUAUGCUCAGGAUCAUUCAAGGAACCAAGGUGAAUCGACGUACUCGAAAACUUACGAAUCUGUUCUUCGUCGCGAACACCAAGAAUCGUUUGAUCGACCACGUACUCCACCAUCUCCACCUGUUCGACGAAGGUCGAAAGAACAGUGGAUAACGAGGUCCGAGGAAAAGACCGGUUCAAACGACCCGAUACCAGGUCGUACUACCAGCCCAGUUCACGUCGUACAAAGAACCUGGGAAAGUCGCAAUCGAAAUGUCCAAGAGCAGGCAGUGGAGCGAGAUAAUUGGAAGAAAUCAACGUCGAGAUCUCGAUCGACGUCACCCAUGCCAGAAUUGAAUUUACGCGAUAGUAAAAAAUCAACUGAAUUUUCGACUUCGACUCCUGCUCGUCCCGCGAAAAGUUCGGGACAUUCGAAAUAUAAGAUCGGCGAGUCUUUCAGGAAACUAGUAGGAAAAUUGCGCUCUGCUAGCAGCGAAAGGAAGAAUAAACGGUCUAAUAGCAGCUCUAUUUCUCAAUUGACUCAGACUGACGACAAUGGGCCGACCUACAUGCAGUACAAUGUGAUCGACAAAAACAUUCCUCUGAUAAACGAAAGGGACACCGAGGAAAAGCCUCCUGAAAGACCACCUAGGAAUCAUGCUACCAUGAACAAUAAUUCGAAUAAGAUCUCGAAAACAGCGAAAACUAGCGCCCAAGUGGUUCAAGAACAAUGGCAACGCAGCGAAUCAACGCCACCAUUGCACAGGUAUUACCUCGGAGAGGAUCCCUUCGGAGGAAGCAUCUACGGCCGUGAAAAAGGAUAUCGAGAUGGGAGAAAAUCUGGGAAACCACGUGGUAGAGCUACCGCUGAAACCGAGUACAGCGUCGCAUCCAGUUCACUUGGCAGGUUUAGCAAGUCAACCAGUCGGCUAGUCAACGAUCACGAGCGAGAGGAACAUUUUAGGAGCACUCAAACCUUGCCGAGGAACCUGCAUACAGGAGGACAAUACGUACGGUCGCAGACUUUAGCAAGACGCCAGCAACCGGUUUCUAAUGCGAUCAAAUUGGGAACGUCACACGCCAUCGUUCCGUCAUCGGCGAACCAGUCGCGUCAGUACGGAAGCAUGAUCAAUAUCUCCAUCAAGAACACGGUUACGUCGCCAAAGGUGGCGGUACCGACCAACGUUCAACCGCCGGCUAAGCCCGAACGAAGCUACAGAUCGUCGUUGUCACGUAGCAAGAGCUUUAACGUCGAAGCUGAUAGAAACGGCACUGACACGGCACCCCCCAAAAUACCGUACACAUCUAACUUGCAAUUAAAUAGAUUGGACGAGACGCCUCCGUUGAAGAGUCCCGGCAUUUUGGCCAGUAUCAGUCGUAGCAACAGGGAUUUGUUGAAAAGCAGCAGACACGAGUAUUGAAUAAUUUUCAUUAAGUCGAUUUAAGUUGUUCAGUUGGGAACUUUUUAAUAAUUUUAUAACGAACUGCUUUCUUCGAUAUAAUUGAAGUGGAAUCUAUUAUGCGAUUAUUAAUUAUCAUAUAUGAUUGUUUAAGAUUUUUUUUUUUUGUAUAGUGUAAAGUGUAGUAUAGUGAUAUUAAUAUUGUCCAUGUAUAUCGUGAGAGAUAGACACGUUUUGUAUGAAUCAACGAGAGCGUGUUUUCUUCUAAUAUUUUCAGACAGAUUCUUAUUACAGCACAGUUCAUGCGAGAUUUAUUUAACUUUUUUCACUUACGUAUUCAAUUACAAUCCAAGAUUACAUAUCAGGUUGGUAGAGGAGGAGAAUGAGAUAGCGAUAGCGAUUCAUGUUUAAGAAUAUGUGAUUGAAUGUCACGUUCAAUUUCGGCAUAUUUUAUUACUAUAUUAUAUUGAUACAAGGUGAAAUCACAAUUGUCCA